AAGCUGAAUUAGAAUAAUACCAGCUCCCUCACUCCAGUAAGCGCCGUGACAAAAGCCGCCAUGGAACAUUUUUUGGUGCUGGCAGUGGUAACAGCCUUUAUCCUGCCGACUUCCCAAGCCGUGUUCGACUGUUCCGGGAAGAUGGACUACUUCUACAAAGACGAUGUCAGCUGUACCAAAUACUACGAGUGUCGCUACGGGCAGCUGGCGGGGACGUACUCCUGCUCACUGGGGUAUUUCUUCUCUCAGGAUAGUGUGGGUUGCAUUCCGGCCACCAGGCUAAUAGAGGACGGGGUGUGUACCCUUCACGGAUACCGUGCUGGCAUGGCGCCCGAAGGACCUUUCAUCUGUCCGCGAGCUGGCAUGUUUGCUGUAGCCAAGAACUGCUCCCUGUAUAACUUCUGUAGCCGCGCGGACGUGGAGGGGAAAACUCUGCAGUGUCCUGAACAGUUCUUCUUCAACGAGACCAUGGGAUCUUGUCGCUGGCGAGGCCACUUUAAAGACUGCCUAAGAGAUGGGACUCGGAUCACGUCAACACCACCUCCAACAACCACGCCGAAGCCUACACAGUGGAACCCCUGGCGAAGAACAACGAAAAGAAUUACUACCACGCGUGCUCCGACCACCACGGGAAAACCUUGCUUUAAAGAAGGCUUAAAAACUGUGGACACUGAAGACUGCAGAGGCUUCUAUAUCUGCAACGAUUUGGUAUGGGUUCGAUACCAGUGCCCUCCAUUGUUAAUGUACAACAAUAAGACCGGCGUCUGCCAGUGGGAUGUGAAGGUGGACACGUGCGACAAAGGGAAGUUUAUUUGGCCAACAACAACAACAACAACAACAACUGUGACAUCGACUACAACUCAAGGAUACCGUGCCGGCAUGGCACCCGAAGGACCUUUCAUCUGUCCGCGAGCUGGCUUCUUUGCUGUCCCCAAGAACUGCUCCCUGUACAACUACUGUUACCGCGCGAACGUGGAGGGGAAAACUCUGCAGUGCCCGGAACAGUUCUUUUUCAAUGAGACCGCGCUAUCUUGUCGCUGGCCAGGCCACUUCAAAGACUGCCUUAGAGAUGGGACUCGGAUCGCAGCAAUACAACCUCCAACAACCACGCCGAGGCCUACACAAUGGAACCCCUGGCGAAGAACAACAAAAAGAAUCACUACAACGCGUGCUCCGACCACCAGGGGAAAACCUUGCUUUAAAGAAGGCUUAAAAACUGUGGAUACUAAAGACUGCAGAGGCUUCUAUAUCUGCAACGAUUUGGUAUGGGUUCGAUACCAGUGCCCGCCAUUGUUGAUGUUCAACAAUAAGACCGGCGUCUGCCAGUGGAAUGUGAAGGUGGACACGUGCGACAAAGGGAAGUUUAUAUGGACAACAACAACAACAACGACAACAGUGGCACCUGUAACAACCCAAGAAUCAAAAACACAUACAACUACAAAGAAGGAGACAAUUGUUGAUAUUUCCGGCAAAACGAAUAAUUUGGAGAUUCAUCAGCAAACGAGAGCUCCUUAUGUGAAAAUGAGUCACAGCGAAAUCCACUGCAGUGCAAAUACCAUAAUGGUUGCCAUUGCGCGCGAAGCCGUUGGUCCAUUGGAAGGUGACGUUCACUUUGUCGCUCAUCUCCGAGACCCACAAUGUACCGGGAAGGACAAUUCAAGCCACAUCUUGUUCACCUUCAGCCUCGACACGUGCGGCACUUCAGCUCGGUUGACCAAAGCUUUUGUCGUAUUCGAAAAUGAAAUUUUUAUAAAGAACAGAUUCCUUGCCGAGCAACAGGUGUCCGUGUCCUUUGAAAAUUAUUUCAACACGGUGCCCGUGGUUUGCAACUAUGACCGUAAGGAACUCCUGUCCAUCUCUUACAAGCCACAUUUCCGAACCAUGAAUGUUCUAGAGCAUGGAUUUGGUCAUCUGACAUUCAGUCUGGAGCAGUACCAUGGCGUCCAGUUUAAAGUACCGUACCAGCCAGACGACUACCCGCUGUCCGUGGACCUGAAGGACCAGAUAUACAUCCGUCUGGGCGUGAGGCUGGCUGCAGCCAAUGUGUCCGGCCUGGCGCUGAGGGCAGACAGUUGUAAAGCAACCAGUUCUCUUAGUCCGUUUUCAUCUGAAGCCGUGAAACUUAUUGACGAUGGCUGCCCCGCUAUGAAACAGUUGACCGUGUAUCCUAGCAACGACCCCACUGAAGUAUUAUUUGGAUUUCCAGCGUUCUACUUUGUACGGGAUAUAGAAAAGGUGUACCUCCACUGUGAGAUGCAGGUAUGUAUGCAGAGUGACCCCACGUGUUCCUCUAGCUGCCAGACUCCCGCCAGAGGGCGCAGAGAUGUGAGUGGUGCUUCCUCCUCCUCCUCUACCUAUAUCGUCACACAGGGACCCUUCCAGCUUAAGCGAGAUCCAGGAAAUGCCACGGGCGUUGUUGUCGUGUGCAGCGUUGUUGUAUGCGUUGCAGCACUAGCAGCCAUUAGUGUGUCACGACGCAGACGUAGAACACGAUGGCAGAAGGUAGCGACACAUGACGGUGAAGAUGAUAUUAUGUAGAGUGACUUUAAAAUAUUGACCUUGCAUGCAGAUGAAAGCAACCUGCGUCCAUCUUUGGACAUUUAGGCCCUAUAUCUGCCGUUUGUGCGCAUUUUAUUUGACCUCGCAUUGUUUCAAAUCUGCUGAUCUAACGAACGUUCUGGGAUAUUUAGAAUGUAUUUUUCUUGUUUGCAUUAUAAACAUGGAGAGUGAGUUAAGCAUAUCGACAGUUUCAUAUCCAUAUGUGUGUUUGGGAUCUUGCUUUUUUAAACUUAAGUUUGAAUUGGUAUCACAUACAAUGGAUUUAAAUAAGUAGGUCCUAAAGACGGUUAUACAUUUGUAAAAUGAGAAAAGUACAGGUAGUAUCGCUAUUAAGGUCACAAAUUGCAAUUUACGCAUUAUAUUUAUUGUAGAAAAAUUGGAAUACUAGAAAAUAAAAUCUCAAAUGCCAGCAAUUCAAAAUAAAAAUACA